AUUGUUCUUCUGCGCACCUGAAAAAUGGCCAGAAACGUGCUCCUUUUCAGCUCUAUCUCCUACUCUCAUCUUCCCUUUCUGCGCUGUGCGCCAUGUUUGCCAGCGUCAUCGCUUUCUUUUCGGUUUUCAGCGCGUUAGCCGCUGCCCAGAACACUCCGUCGGUCGUGUGCAUUGCUGGACAAUGCGUGCAGGGUUUCACAAACUUAACCCUGGGUGCAACUUUGAGCGCGCCUGGCGCGUCAACAAGUCUGCUCUUGCUUCCAGGUCAAUACACCGAGACGACGAAUCCUUCACUAUUGCAUUCUAUCCUUACUUCGAGCUCAGCCACCAUCUCAGGUUCCACAGGCUUUCAGAACAGUAGUAGUAUCUCGUUACCCCUUUCCAUCCAACUUCAACCCGGGCUCGCAUUCUAUUCUUCUUCAAACUAUUCUGGUUCAGCUGCAUAUAUCGCCCUUCCGACGUCAGCGAACGCGUCGAAUGUAACGACUACUAUCAAUGGCGGGUCGUUUGUACUGUCGUCAAACACAUGGGCCGAGUUAACCACCUCAGGUGGUCGGAUCAUCCUGUGGGACGCGUCGCCCGAUAUAUCGCAAUUACCCGGAUUCAUUUCUAGUGGCUUGACUCUCAAUCAACUCCAGAGCGGGUCUUGCAGCACCCCUUGUGCAAGCGGCGGAGUCUGUACCUCUCAAGGCUCAUGUGCAUGUCUGCCAGGAUUUACAGGAUCAUCUUGUGAGGCAUGUGCGACUGGGUUUUUCGGAAAAAAUUGUCAGGCCUGUCCGAGUGACUGCGAGACCUGUGAUGACGGUAUUAACGGGUCGGGAAUCUGUCUGAAGAAACAAAGUAAUGCUCAAAACUGCAACUGUUUGAAUGGCCAAUGUGCUAGCGAUGGAUCCUGCGCUUGUAACGCGGGUUGGGUUGAUAGCUCGAAUGGUACUAAGUGUGCUUCAUGUGCAAAUGGCUUCUUCUUGAGUGAUGAUGGAUCGUGCAAAGUUUGUGAGCUUGGAUGCGCAACUUGCGCAGCUUCUACAGGAGCUUGUACCGCCUGCAAGAGCGGCUUCACCCUUUCCUCUACCGACUCUACCAAGUGCAAUCCACCCUCGACUGCGACGACUACUGGCACUGUCUGCCCUGACGGCUCGUUUGCCAAUGGCGCGUCUUGUGCUGCGUGUAAUUCACUGUGUAGCACAUGUACUGGGGCCACAGCCAACGACUGUGUCGUCUGCGGGACAGGGAGAUUCCAGUUCAACGGGACUUGUGUGACAGUCGAUGGCAAUGGCGUAUGUCAGACUGGUCUGACUACUGGGAAUGGAUUCGUUGCAGAUAAUAACAAGAAGGAAUGUGAAGCAUGUCCUGAGAAGUGUACGGCCUGUGGAAUUCCUUCAUUCAGCAUUGCAAGUACGAUCGAUCAAGUACAAUGCACAGCCUGUCUAUCUGGCUUUGUACUCAGUAGCGGCCAAUGUGUGGAGAACUGUCCAAGCGGGACAUUCUUGGAUCCGAAGGACAAUGUAACUUGUUCAGCGUGCUCCUCAACUUGUAGCACUUGCGCGGGUUCCGCGACGUUCUGCCUAACUUGCUCAAAUAACCAACUCGCUUCUGGUGGUGCUUGCGUGACGUCGUGUCCCUCGGGGACCUUUUCGUCAUCCGGCGCAUGUGUCUCGUGCCAUCCUGAUUGUACGACUUGUUCUGGGACAUCAUUUAACCAAUGCUCAACAUGCCCUUCCGAUCGUCCCGUCCUGUCAAACGGCCGCUGUCUUCCCAUAUGCAGCAAAAACGAAUUCUUUGAUCCUGCUAGCAGCUCUUGUAAGAGCUGUGAUAGCUCCUGCGCAAGCUGUAGUGGUUCAGGAAGCUCAAACUGCCUCAGCUGCGCAGAUGGGAACAGCGUGCUUCGUGGCGGUAAAUGCGUCGCCGGGACAUGUGCAGCCAAUACUGAUGUCGUCCCUGGCCUUGGAGCAUGCCUGAGUGACCUUGUUGCUAUUCCUCAGGCAUCCGGUUCUGGGACUGCCUCUGGUGCUUUACCGACUGUGACGGGCAUCAACUCUCCGACGGUGGACGAGAAGGGUGGUUCGCACCUCGAGUGGUGGCAGAUUCUUCUCAUGGCACUUGGAUGUGCUUUCAUUCUACUCUGCCUUCUGUUGUGCCUGCGCCGUCGCAUGAGGAAGAAGCGCGCGCAACAAACUCAGGAGUUUGCGAGGGCUAAAAAAUUGGACGAUAAUCUCACCUGGCGUGAACGCGUCGUGAGGUUUGGUGAGCGCUUGUUCGGACACACCUUAGGGGAACGUGUGCUGGGGUCUCGCAAGCGUGGGGCGACAGGUCCCAUUGCUCUGCGAGAUGUUGGUAAAGGGACGGCCAAAGACUCCUAUCAGAUGCGUGACCUAGAAGAGGCACGGUAUUCGCGCGACGUGGAUAAGUUGCUCGAUGGAUACGCGUAUUCUCGUCAUUCACGUGAACCGUCACUCAAUACGUAUGAGAAGCGUUCAGAUUACCUCUCGCGUCUUCACGGUGAUGCAAAGUCCAAGUCAUCAAGGUCUAAAUCAAGUCGAUUCCGACGUGACCGCGACCGAAGUGCCGAUAAGGAUGUCGACUUGAAUACGAUGUCCGAUGAAUCGAUGUACACAUAUCUAACAGGUCAACCUCGUCGCACUGCUGAUGCUCGUCAGCCUGUGCGUGAUAAGCCUGCCUUCUCCUCACGCCUUACUCCUCUUGAUACAAACGCUCGAGAUCUCGACCGUGGACGAGAUCGUUUAGCUUCACGUUUUUCCGAUUCCAUGUAUUCUGAAUCCAAUUAUGCGCCUCCGCGUGAUCGACGAAGGCGUGAUCAUAGUCCUGCAUCGAACGCGAGUAGCUCUCGCGCGCCAACUCCUGCGCAGGAAUACGCAUUGACUGUACGCGAUCGAGAACAUAGUCCUGCAAACCGAGGCCCCGCAGUGGAUUAUGGCUUGAUUGACCUCGGAAAUCAGAAAGAUCAGUAUGGAGGGAGAGGUGAUUAUUGGUUGCGACCUAAUCAUACUGGAGCAAGCAGUGGAUCGAAGAACCCAUUCCGUAGAUGAACAUGGUGUUAUUUCCUUAUUUCCGUUCCUUUGGAUAUUUGGACUUUAAAUUUAAAAAUGCAUGUCCACACGCUCCAUUUACUUGUCUUCUUUCAAUUUCGUCUGUUUGAACGCUUACAUGUAUUACCCUCUAAUCACUUUCGUUAUACAGAUUUCUUGUGCUGCAAAUUAUCCUUAUAGCGUUACACUCACAUAUUUC